UCCCACUUCUUGCCUCGCGACUAUGUGGAAAGCUGUGGUGCUGGCUGUGUGUCUGCUUGUGGCUGGCGUUCAGCCCAUGGAUGACCCAGCGUAUGGGGUGAAGCUCUGUGGCCGCGAGUUCAUCCGGGCAGUCAUCUUCACCUGCGGGGGUUCACGAUGGAGACGGUCACUCAGGAGUUUAGAUGCUUCAGAGGACCCCUUCACCUCCCCUCAGGAUGAACUCUCAGAGGGCUUGAAUCACAAUUUUGCGGUGGAGAGUCUCCUUCAGAGAAACACAGAUCCAAGCUCCGCAUCCAGAGACAACCAGGAGGGAGCGUUCAGCCGCUCCACCCGUUCAUUCAUCACCGAAGAGAUACUGGAGGCGCUUCGCAAAGCUGACCGCAAAGGCCGCGAUGUGGUGGUGGGUCUCUCCAACGCCUGCUGCAAGUGGGGCUGCAGCAAGAGCGAGAUCAGCUCUCUCUGCUGAGGGUCGAUAUAUGCAAUCUGAGCGCGCUGGCUGCCAGGCAUGUUGUACACCUUAAUAAACAAACAGAGACACACAUAUGCACACGCACUCUUCUUUAUUCACUUUUUUGUGAAUUUUAUAUCCUGCGUGUGUCUGUUCAGUAAAGUCUGUUUAAUGUCUUUAAUUUUCAGUAUCAAGUAAAUCUUUAUGUGGCCAGUAUGAUAUAUAAAGAGACACGUUUGUUUUAUGACGUCUUUGCUUGUU